AUGGAGAAUCUAUUCUUAACCAUCGUCGGGGUGAUUUGUAUAGUGAUUGUUGUCUUUCAAGUCGUUUUCAAGUUUGUGAUUGAAAGUAGAUCAUUCUGUGGAUCUUCCGUAUAUGUAAUCCGAAACAGCAGAAUCACAAGCGCUCGGCGCCUCCAUCAGCCAAAUUUAGCUACUGCUAUUAUGAAAAUAAAGACCGCAUGUGGCUAUACUAUAAUCAUUGGGAACCUAAGGAACCUGCGAGAGCACUCGUGUUUAUCUGCCACGGAAUCUGUGAAAGUUCGAUCCGUUAUGCUCGCAUUGCAAAGCUUCUUAAUAACAAUGGUCUUGAAGUGUAUGCUAUGGAUCAUCGAGGUCAUGGUCGCAGCGACGGAUACCGCAACUAUAUCAAUAGUAUGGAUGAUAUCGUGCAAGAUAUCUGUGGCUUUGUCUCCCACAUUCACUCUUCGCGUCCUGAGCUUCCCGUUUUUCUUUUCGGACACUCCAUGGGAGGCAUGUUAGCCAUCAUGGCAGCUGCCAAGCUCCAAUCGCUUCUCCGCGGCAGCGUUUUCUCUGCUCCCGCGCUGUCUGUGGAUCCCUCACAGGUAAAGCUGCUGGGAGUCGUGCGAUUGCUGCAAGCUGUUUUACCGAAGCUUCCAGUGUCGUUCCUGGAUGGAAAAUCGCUCUGUCAUGAUCCCCAAGUCAUAGAAGAAUAUGAAAACGAUAUUCUGAACACACCUGGGAGAUUAAAGCCAGUCCCUGCGAGAACAGGCUACCAGUUGCUG